GCAACUCGUUUUUUUUCCCUUUCGUUCAAUCUCUCCUUCUGUGGUUCAAUCGACCUCUCUCUCUCUCUCUCCCAAGAUCUCUCAAAAUUUGUCGAAAAAAAUUCACCGUCUUCCUCGGCCUUCAGCCACGCACGAGAACCCCUGCCGAGCCCCUUCGUCGGCGCCGCACCAGUGAACGUCUUCCAGCGGGUUCGAGCGCACGCAGCCCAACGACAAUCUUCCGGCGUUCAAAGCUCCGACCGGCGAGCGUUCGCACGCACGACCAUCGUCCGACGAGCCCAGUCCUUCGGAGGCAUCGCAUAGUCACCGCGACGUCCGGGCUGCGACCUCGGACGGGCCUCUACCUCCGACGACAUCGGGCCUCGAUUUCCGCCGGGCCGUGGCUGCUCCGAGCCCCGACCAUUGUUCGGCGAUUUUGAGCUCUCGGCGACCGAGCUCUGUUCAGCCCCGUCCUUCGGCAACUGCUGGGACCUUCGACUUCCAGCCACGUCCUCGACCUGCGACCGACGACCAAGGCUCCCUCCGGCAACCUUCAAACCGGAGCCAUAGACGAGACCAGCAGCGAACAGCCGCGAAAUUUUUUAAGUCCCGAGAAAGGUUAGAGUUCGUUUAGCUUGUCGCCCUCCUGUGAAUCUCUCUAUUUAUCUCUCCUUCGAUUUAUCGCAACGGCGAUUGUUUGCGACAUGGGGAAAAGAGAGAACGAAGGUCAAAGCGUGGGAACAUUCCUAGUCAGAGGAAGAUAGAAGAAAGAGAAAAGCUCUAGUAGGAGCUAUCGACAGCGACGACGAGGCGAACGAGGACCUCAGCUUGAGAAUUGUCAGAAAGCCAUGCAGCGAGCAGUUAGAAAGGAUCCCCGAGAAGGUGGUGUUUCUGAAAUAGUGAUGGAUUUGAAGGAGAAGAAAAAGAAGAAAAAGGAGAAAAGGAAAAGGGCAAAGGAAAUCGAAACUCUUGAAAUUUCAGUCCCGAGUGACAUAGAUACGGGUUUCAGAGAGUUCUGCGGGGACUUGGUUGAUAAUGUGAUGGAUGAAUAUACCUUGAAAGAUGAGAAAAUUGUGAAGGAUGGUGAGGAACCUGAGACUCAUAAAGUACCUGAAGUUUCUAAUAAAGCAGUUGAAACAAAUCCUGUUGAGGCGUCAGAUAAUGCUGUGUUAAGGAAACUUCUUCGGGGGCCCAGGUACUUUGAUCCUCCAGAUGGCAGUUGGAGAGCAUGCUAUAAUUGUGGGGAAGAGGGUCAUACAACUGCCAACUGCACUUCAGCCAAGCGAAAGAAACCUUGUUUUGUUUGUGGGAGUUUCGAACAUAAUGCAAAGCAGUGUUCCAAGGGACGAGAUUGUUUUAUCUGCAAGCAACAGGGACAUCUCGCAAAAGAUUGUCCUGAUAAAUGCAACGAUUCGAAGAUAUGCUUGAAAUGUGGAGAUUCAGGACAUGAAAUGUUCUCAUGCAGGAAUGAAUAUAGUCCUGAUGAUUUGAAGGAUAUUCAAUGCUACAUUUGUGGACAAUUUGGCCAUCUCUGUUGUAUAAACUAUAGCGAUCCUUGUCCCACUGAGGUUUCUUGUUAUAGAUGUGGUCUAUCCGGACACACUGGUCUGGCUUGCAUGGGGUCCAAUUUGGAUACACACAACUCGGCUACUGCUAGUUCAUGCUACAAGUGUGGUGUAGAAGGACAUUUUGCUCGUGAAUGUUCCAGCUCGGUUAAGGCUGUUAAGAGAAAACGCGAACUGUCAACGCCCAAACAAAGAUCUUCCAAGAAGAAGAAGGGCCGUAAGGAGCCCCAUUCUGAUAUUGGGAAAACACGAAAGAAGCAAAAGUCUCAAUUUGGAGAAUUCGCCUCAGCCUCAAGAAUGAAAUACAAACGUGGUUGGACCACUGAACAUCCUGCAGAUUACUAUUAUUAUAGCCAUGCAGCCAGUGCAGAUAACUGGAGUCAGAACAGAGAUCGAUACACUAGUUCAAAUGGAAACUAUGAAUCAAGUUGCUAUUCUUCCCAAAAGAAUCGCAAGAUCAAUUUUCACAAUUCACCGGCAAAUGGAUCUCACCAGCACAGGUACUCGGCAUCUGAGAUUUGAUUAUUAUAACGAUCAUGACAGUAGGGGAAGAAAUAGUAAUUGGUGGUAGAGAAUUAUUUAUAAAGCUAAUGAAAGCGAGCUUCCGGGUGUAAUUGGUCAGUGUAGAUCACUGCUGAAAAGCAUUGCUUUUAGCACCACAAAAAUAAUGGAAAAAAUACUGCCGCUUAUUAUUAUUUUUACCCAAGUUGUUUGCUGUAAUACUCUGAAAUUUUUAGUUGCUUAGUUUAUUUAUAUGAUUUUUCACACAAGUUGUAACCAGUAUUCUCCCUUGAUGCUAUAUUUGUGCAUUUGUUAUUAGGUUUUUUGUCUAAUACAACCUUAUCACUCGAUCGGCUCGAAAUUUAUACCCAAUGUUGACACGGUAAACAAUGCCAUUUUAUGUUU